AUUACCAUGAGUCCGCCAAGCUCCAAGCCGGCUAAAAAGCCAAGAUUGGCGCUUCGCGGAAUCCGUGAUCGCACGAGGAGUUGCACGUGCAUCUACAGUCUACACACGUAGAUUCUGACUUCUGAGUAAGUAGUAAAUGCGAAAAAAAAUAAAAAAAGUACUUAAGAUAUACGUAGUAGUAAAAAAUUAUAAAAAUAAAAAUACAGUACUUUGUCUUACUAUACUGCAAAUGCGACUCACCGUAAAACAAAAAACAUAAUAAUAAUAAUUGCAUCCACGCAUUACCUUUGCUUUAUUUAUCUAUAAAAAAACACGAAACGAGUCUCCAAAGCCUCUCACAGUCAUCGUUUUAACUCUCCAGAGUCCACAUAGUACAGAGAAGCGCAGAAAGUGUGAAUGGUUUGGAGAGAGAGAGAGCAUCUAUACGCCAUUAAUGCUUCUCUGACAUUUCGUUUUUUCACGGAUUUUAUCUCAUAAUCUGCCUAGUUCAGUAUAGGUUGAAAUUCAUUGAAUCAACAACACGAACGAACACAGUGAUAGUUUCCUUUUGUUCUCAUACUCCUCGAGACUAGAAAUAUAGUGAGAGAAAAAGAGAUGGAAGUUAGUAAGGUGACAUUGGAGAUUUUCUCAAAGCUUGAGCAGAAAUGGCUCUACCACUGCGAAGGCAAGAAGACUAGAGUUCUCAGCAUCGACGGAGGCGGAACCACCGGCAUUGUCGCCGGAGCCGCCUUGAUCCAUCUCGAAGACCAGAUCCGAUCCAAAACUGGCGAUACUAACUCAAGGAUCGCCGAUUUCUUCGAUAUAGUUGCUGGUACCGGAAUCGGCGCUCUCCUCGCCGCAAUGGUUACCGUCGACGACGGCAACGGACGUCCGCUCUUCACCGCCAGAGAAGCCGUUAGAUUCUUAGCUGAAAAGCAGGCGGAACUCUUCAAGAUGAAGAACACCGGUGUUUUCCGCCGCCGACGAAGUUUUUCGGCCAAGAGUAUCUGCAACGUGUUGAAGGAGGCGUUGAGGAGAGAGGACGGUAAGGUGUUGACGCUGAAGGACACGUGUAAGCCUCUCCUUAUCCCGUGCUUCGAUCUCAACAGCUGUGCGCCGUUCGUGUUCUCCCGAGCCGAUGCCUCCGAGUCUCAGAGCUACGACUUCGAACUCUGGAAGGUGUGUUGCGCCACGUUAGCAACUCCGUCCAUGUUCAAGCCAUUCAGCCUCACGUCAAUUGACGGAAAAACCUCCUGUUUGGCCGUUGACGGUGGUCUGGUCAUGAACAACCCCACAGCCGCUGCCGUCACUCACGUUUUGCAUAACAAACGUGACUUCCCCUCUGUCAACGGUGUUGAUGAUCUAUUGGUCCUUUCACUAGGUAAUGGUCCGUUAACUAAUCCUUCCCUCCGGAAUCUCCGGCUGAACGGCGAGUGUUCCACCUCUUCAAUCGUCGGUAUUGUUCUCGACGGCGUCUCUGAAACCAUAGAUCAAAUGUUGGGGAACGCCUUCUGUUGGAACCGUGCCGACUACGUUAGAAUUCAGGUUGCGAGCGUUUACGCGGCGGAGGAAAUGGGGCGGAGAAUGGAGGAGGAGGUGUUGAAAGAGAAAGGGGUGGAGUCGUUGACAUUUGGCGGGAAGCGGUUAGUGACGGAGACUAAUGGACAGAGAAUUGAGAGCUUCGUGCAGAGGCUCGCUGCUGCUUCGAGAAAGGGUAGUCUGCCACCAAGUCCGUGCAAGGAAAACGCCGUUAGUCCGCUUGCUAAUGGCCGUUAAUUUUUUUUUUUUUUUUUUUUUUGUCUUUCUCAUAAUCCUUGUUUUGUUAGUUAAAUAUCCAAAUAAUAGUGAUUCUGUUUGGCAUUUAAUCUCACUCCUUCUCUUAUCCCCUCA